AUGGCCGCUGUGAUGCUGAUGGCACCCGCUGUGCUGGCCAAGGAAGAAGGUAAGUGUCUCGUCUGACCCUGCAUGUUUCGUUGCUGGCUCAACAAUGACUCCUUCUCGCAUGUCGACACCAUGAUGAUCCAUUCGCUCGCAGCGCUGUUUCCCACAGUGCCAUGGGAUCAAGUCACGGACCUUUGGGCAAAUGAAUGCAAGGCAAAGGGAGGAGAUAAAUCUACGUCAAAGUGCCACCAAGUUGCCGUAGGUUAUCAAGCUUCCUUGCAUUGGUAUGGGCAAUGUAUCGAUCAGUAAGUUGCUAAAGACCUCUACGCUGAAAGUUCCAAGCUGAGAGCGGCCUAGUCUGCCGACGAUAGGACUGGAUGGGACAUCACAGGUACGGUCAAGGGCAUUUUGGCUUGGUAA